CCUGAGGGGCGCGCACUCACGUCGGCGGAGGGACAGCUCGGGCGUGCCUGAGUGAGGUCUCAGGGAGGAGAGAACCUUGUCUGAGAGGACGCCAUCAGAUCAUCGAGGGAGCCACAUCUGGUCACCGGAGAGGAGAGUCCCAGGUUAUCCAAGAGUCCAGGCCAACUUCCCAACACGUGCCAUUAUGCCUGCAAAUUACAAGUGUGAUCGGUGCAAUCUUGAUGAUGAGCACCAGGAACCAAGAGAGGAUGAGCCUUUCCUCCAGAUGAUCUGGGGCGAGGAGGAGGGGAUGGCCACAUCCUCUUCCUCUGCCUCCUCCUCCCCCCACCACUCUCCAGAGGGCCAGGAUAUGGCAGAGGAGGAGUCUGAUGGUGGGGACCCCGAUCCUUCCCAUAACCCUUCCAGUGCCCAUCCUUACUCUUUAGCCCUGGCUAUUCCUAGUGCCAGCAGCCAGCAUGAGGAGGGGGCUGCUCCUGGUGCCAGCAGCCAGGAUGAGGAGGGGGCUGCUCCUAGUGCCAGCAACCAGCAUGAGGAGGUGGCUGCUCCUGGUGCCAUCAACCAACAUGAGGAGGGGGAUGCAGAAGGCCAGGCCUCUCCGCAGGAAGCACUGCAUGAGAAGAUGACUGAAGUGGUGGAGUUCCUGCUCCUCAAGUAUCGCUCCAGGGAGCCGACCAGCCAGGCCGAGAUCCUGAGGGAAGUCCUCAGUGAUAACCAGGAGCACUUACCUGUGGCCUUCCGCCAGGCCUGCGAGUGCCUGCAGCUGGUCUUUGGCCUUGAGGUACAGGAAACAGAGCCCAAUGGCGACUCCUAUGUCGUGGUCAUCACCCUGGGCCUCACCUACGAUGGGCUGAUGAGCCCCGAGGAUACCAUGCCGAAGACGGGCCUGCUGGUGAUCGUCCUGGCUGUGAUCCUCCUGGGUGGUGACCGCACCUCCGAGGAGCGCAUGUGGGAAGCUCUGAGUGUGAUGGGGGUGUUUGUCGGGGUGGAGCACUUCAUCUUUGGGGAUCCCAGGGUGCUCCUCACCGAAGCAUGGGUGCAGGAGCAGUACCUGGAGUACCAGCAGGUGCCCAAUAGUGAUCCUGCCCGCUACGAGUUCCUGUGGGGCCCCAGGGCUCAUGCUGAGACCAACAAGGUGGACGUCCUGGAGCAUUUGCUAAAGGUCAAUAAGAAGGAUCCCAGUUGCUUACUUGCUUUAUGUGGAGAGGCUGUGAGCGAUAUGGAAGAUGAGGCCUAAGCCGGGGGGCAGGGAGAGUUGGGGCACACGGUGCACAGAUCCUCGCGUUCCCCCCCUCUGUGGUGACAGGAAAUGGAUGUCUGUUUUCUUUAGGAAUUUUUCAGCUGUUGUUCCUUGGAGGAAGGUUUAUUAGCUUCAGCGUCUCUGCUGUGAACGACCCUGAUCACACGAGCUUGUGCUCCCCCGGUCCGAGAGGACGCGCGUGACUGUUAGUUGGAUGAUGUUGUGGUGAUUUCACUGGAGCAGGGAGCCGUGGGAGUGGGGCGCGCCUUGGCGGUGAAAUGGUGGCAUCGGAAGUUAGACAAGGAGAAGACACUGAGCGUGUGGUUUGUACCCCUUCGCCGCUUACUCUGUAAAAUAAAAAGCAGAUGUGUCUGUGCUUUGCUCGGGUCA